UAGGAUAGGAUAAAGCAAUCCUUCUGACCCCCCCCCCCCUCUUAAAAUAUUUAGAUGCACUAUUGUAAAGUGGCUGUUCCACUGGAUGUCAUAAGGUGAAUGCACCAAUUUGUAAGUCGCUCUGGAUAAGAGCGUCUGCUAAAUGACUUAAAUGUAAAUGUAAAUGUAAUACAACAAUAUGUUUUCAUGAGUUCACUCAUGUUCCAUAGAUUGAGACUUGAGAGAAAGAGAUGGGGAGCAAUUGCUCCAAAGGGAGGAGAGAAGAUAGGGACACAACCGCUUUCUCCAAAAAUAAAAGUUUGUCUUGGAGAAGAAAAAAGGGGAACACUGAAGGGAGGAUCUCAGAGGACAACAGUCUCAUCGGUGGAGAAACGACCUGUCAACAAAGUCUUCCUAGCCAACAAUCCCCGUUCUCCCCAGCAUACAAUCCCCAGUUUUCCCUCACAGCUGAGGGUGGAAGCAAUCUAUGUGCCCCAGUGAUCAACAAUAAUGAAGUAGGAGGUAGCAUCAACAUCACUCAGAACAUCACUCAGAACAUCAUUCAGAACAACGAUGACUCCUCCCAGGUUGCACAAUGCAGUGACACACAAAAAAAACUCAUACAGAGAGUUAAAGAGGAACAUAAAGCCAGUCUGAAGAAUAAGUUUAAGUUUGUGUUUGAAGGCACUGAAGAGGAAGAAACUUCCCUGAACAGCAUCUACACACAGCUCUAUAUCACACUGGGAGAGAAUGAAGGAGUUAAUAAAGAACAUGAGGUUUGGCAGAUUGAAUAUACAUCCAGGAGAGAAACAUCGUCAGACACUCCAAUCAACUCUAAUGACAUAUUCAAACCCUUAGCUGGACAAGAGAACGAAGAGAAGAGACCCAUCAAAACUGUGCUGACAAAGGGCAUUGCUGGCAUUGGAAAAACAGUCUCCGUGCAGAAGUUCGUCCUUGACUGGGCCGAAGGAAAAGCCAAUCAGGAUUUGGAUUUCAUCUUUGUGCUCCCUUUCAGAGAGCUGCAUUCAAUCAAAGAUGAUGAAUUAAGUCUUCAUGGACUUAUAAAUGACUUCCACCCUGAACUUACAGAGAUAGAAAACGCAAAGAUAUAUGCUACGAGCAAAGUUCUGUUCAUCUUUGAUGGUCUGGAUGAAAAGCGACAUCCACUAAAAUUCAACACCAAGAGGGUGACUGAUGUUACAAAGACAGGUAACAAUGUAGAUGUAUUGGUGACAAACCUCAUUGAGGAGAAGCUGCUUCCCAAAGCUCUGAUCUGGAUAACCUCUAGACCUGCAGCAGCCAAUCAGAUUCCCCGUAGAUACAUCAACCUGGUGACCGAAGUACGAGGGUUCGAUGAGCGACAGAAAGAGGAGUACUUCAAGAAGAGGGUCAAGAAUGGGGAAGUGGCCAGAAGAAUCAUUGCACACAUUACAACAUCAAGAACCUUCAAAAUCAUGUGCCACAUACCAGUCUUCUGUUGGAUUUCCGCUAAGGUUCUUGAGGAACUGUUGAGAGAAAAUGUGAAUGGAGAAAUCCCUACAACUCUGACUGAGAUGUACACUCACUUUCUGCUCAUUCAAAUACAACUGGCACAAAAGGAUCCUGGGCAUGAGAGAGAUAAACAGAAGAUCUGGGAAUCAAAUAAAGACUUCCUUCUGAAACUGGGAAAGCUAGCGUUUGAACAUCUGGAGAAACGCAAUCUCAUGUUCUAUGAGGAAGACCUGAAUGAAUAUGGCAUUGACAUCAGUGAAGUUGCAGUCUACUCUGCGUUGUGCACAGAAAUCUUUAAAGAAGAGAAGGUGUACAAAAAGAAGGUGUACUGCUUCAUGCAUCUGACCAUUCAGGAGUUUGUUGCUGCCCUCUUUGUUUUCCACUGUUUCACAACCAAGAGCCUCAAGACGUCAUCGAGCCUCAAGUCUUUCCUGAUGGAAGGUUCAGAACCAUAUCUCAAAGCUAUAUUGGAGAAGGAGCCUGUAGACCUUCCCUUGGAUGAGUUGGUGGAGAUUGCCAUGUACAAUUCUGUGUCUAGAGAAAAUGGAGAGAUGGACAUGUUCCUCCGCUUCCUUCUUGGAAUGUCUAUGGAAUCUGUUCAGUGCCUCCUACAAGGCCUGCUGCCAAAGACAGAGAACAGUUCAGAGAUUGUUAAAGAAAUGAAGAUAAUACUUAAGGAGAUGGAUCUAAUUGAUGUCUCCCCUGAGAGGUGCCUCAAUCUCUUCUCUUUGACUGAAGAAGUUAAAGACUAUUCCCUACAUGAAGACAUUCAGAGAUAUCUGUCAGAAAAGGAAGCAGACAGAGAGCUCUCACCCGCUCAUUGCUCAGUACUGGCCUAUGUACUUCUGAUGUCAGAGAAGGUGUUGGAUGAGUUUGUCCUGAAGAAAUAUAAAACCUCCCAAAAGGGGUUUUUCAGACUUCUUCCAGCUGUGAGGAACUGCAGAAAGGCAAUGUAAGAAAGAUCGUCAAAAUUCACACAUUCCAAAUAACAAUGAAUAUACUGAAUUGUUAUUGUUUUCAUUACCCAUUACCUCUUUGACCCGAACUGCAAUAGGCAUGCUGUUGAGAAAUCAGCAUAGUCUGUAUUUGGAUGGCUGUUAGUAUGGAACAUAUGCACUGGUGUAGCUCAGUUUCUCCGGACCCCCAUAAAGUCGGCAUUUGGGACCCCC